AUGGGAAACCUUAAGAAUUGCGAAGUCAAGUUAGAAAUCGACCCUACUGUUUCCCCCGUCGCUCAGAACAGCCGACAACUGCCUCACAGCAUGCGAAAGAAAGUGAAUGAGAAACUCUACGAGAUGGAAGAGCAAGGUAUUAUUGAAAAGGUGAAAGGAGUGACUCCAUGGCUAUCACCUCUAAUACCCAUACUAAAGAAAGGCGGAGACCUUCGACUUGUUCUUGACAUGAGAGUCCCUAAUCAAGCCCUCAAACGACGCCGAGUGCAAUUCCCCCACCGCAGACGACAUCUUACACAAAAUGGAGGGUGCAACAAUUUUCACAGAAGUAGAUCUUUCUCAAGGCUACUUACAAAUAUCAUUGGCUGAAGAAUCACGCCCCAUGACUGCAUUCCAAACACCGACAGCUGUUAAAAGGGAAAACCAAGUUCCAUUGGGGAGAGGAACAACAAAGCAGUUUCCUGAAACUAAAGUAUUCCAUCACCAGAGCCCCAAUCCUAGCUCAUUAUUCCAUUUCAGCACCAACUCGAGUAGUCGUGGACGCAUCACCUUGGGCUGUUGGCGCAGUGCUCCUCCAACAACAAUCUGAUUGCACCUACCGCCCCAUUGCAUUUGGAAGUCGUUCUCUUACCGGAGCCGAAAUGAAGUAUUCACAAAUUGAGAAAGAGGCGUUAGCCAUUGUAUUUGGAUGCGAACACUUCCAUCUAUACUUAUAUGGCAAGUCAUUUGAAAUGGAAACCGACACCGCCCACUUGAGUACAUAUUCAAGCCCAAAUCAGCCGAAAAACGAGCGCCAGCACGAGUAG